GAUUAUUGUUGCUCAAUGGCUCCUCCAGUUCUCCAUUAUUCAAUAACAUGGUAUGUCUCAGUAUUUCUCUUUCUCUCUGCCGUCAUUCACUCGGCGACUUCAGUCACCCAUUACUCUGUUCCGGAGGAGAUGGACGAAGGCUCGAUUGUGGCGAAUUUAGCGAUAGAUUUGGGCUUAGAUGUGAAGACUUUGGGUAAAAGAAAAAUGCGUAUCGAUGUCGUCGGGAAUAAAAAAUAUCUGGAUAUUAACAAGGACACGGGCGAGUUGUUCAUUUUGGAGAGAAUCGAUCGAGAGUUUCUCUGCCCCCUCAAGACGACAACAACGUGUUUUCUGAGAUUAGACGCUACGAUUGAAAAUCCGAUACGAAUGUUUAAUAUUGAAGUGGAAAUUUUGGAUAUUAACGACAACGCUCCUCAUUUUCGGAGGGGGACGAUGCAUUUGGACAUCUCAGAGUCAAGUCAAGUUGGAGAGAGAUUCUCACUGAACAAUGCUGCAGAUCCAGAUGUUGGAGCUAAUUCUGUGAAAAAUUACCUUCUGAGCGCAAGUGAGCAUUUCUCAAUUGAAAUACAGACAGGGCGAGAUGGGACGAAGUUUGCAGACUUGAUUCUGAAGAAAGCUUUAGACAGGGAGCAGCAGGCUGUUCAUGAUUUGAUUCUCACUGCUGUGGACGGAGGUGUGCCCACGCGCACAGGUACAGCCAGCAUUAUCGUUCGAGUGCUCGACGUGAAUGACAACGCCCCUUCAUUUGAUAAGGACAAAUACUUUGUGAAUGUCAUGGAGAACUCUCCGAUUGGGAGUCUAGUGGUUAAAUUAAAUGCUACAGAUUUAGAUGAAGGCUCCAAUUCAGAUAUUGUUUAUUCAUAUAGUUUGUAUACAUCAGAGAGAACACAAAAUAUGUUUAAGUUGAAUCCAGAAAAUGGUGAAAUCAGAGUGAAAGAGAUGGUUAAUUAUGAGGAUUUCAAACUUUAUGAAAUGGAGGUGAUAGCCAGUGAUAAGGGGCUUAACUCCUUAUCUGGACACUGUAACCUGACAAUACAGGUAACAGACAUGAAUGACAAUCAUCCAGAAAUAUCUAUCAAAUCAUUUAAAAGUCCAAUCAAAGAAAAUGAGCCCCUUAACACAGUUAUAGCUGUAGUUAGUGUCAGUGAUAAAGACUCAGGUGAUAAUGGCAUCGUUGAUUUAAGCAUUCCUAAAAAUAUGCCUUUCAAACUGAGGGAGUCCUCUGAUAACUAUUAUGAAUUAGUGGUGUCGGAGCCAUUAGACCGUGAGAAAGUCACAGAAUAUGAUAUCACGUUCACUGUCACAGACAGAGGCUCUCCUCCUUUAUCUGACAAUGAAACUAUGACUUUAGAGCUGCUGGAUGUCAAUGACAAUGUUCCACAGUUCCCACAGUCAUUUUAUACCAUACGUGUAAUGGAGAAUAAUGCACCUGGAGCCUUGCUCAGCUCCCUCACGGCCUUUGACCCUGACCUCCAUGAAAACCAGUAUCUAGUUUACUUCAUCAUAGAGAAGGAGAUAGCCAACACCUCCAUGUCCAUGCUGUUCUCCAUCAAUCCAGAGAACGGGAAUCUUUAUGCACUGAAAACUUUUGACUAUGAGAUUGAGAAGGAGUUUCUUUUCCACAUCGAGGCCCGAGACUCUGGCUCUCCUCCACUCAGCAGUAAUGUGACUGUUCACAUCAUUAUUGUGGACCAGAAUGACAACGCUCCAGUCAUUGUCUCUCCGUGGCGUGCUCACGGCUCAGUGGUGGAGGAAAAGAUCCCCAGAUCCACUGAUAAAGGCUCCCUGGUGGCCAAAGUCAUCGCUUUGGACACAGACUCGGUGCACAACUCUCGGAUUACCUACCAGUUUCUCCAGGUGACUGACGCCACCUUGUUCAGUCUGGAUCAAUACAACGGAGAGAUCCGGACCAUGAGGAUGUUCAGCUACAGAGAUCCACGCCACCAGCGGCUGGUUGUUGUUGCCAAGGACAACGGGCAGCCUGCUCUGUCUGCUACAGUCACCAUCAAGCUGUCUACAGUGGAAACUGCAGUGAAGGCCUACUCUGACAUGACUGAGAUGCCUCUGGAAUAUGACAUCUUCUCAGACCUCAACCUGUACUUGGUGAUCGGUCUGGGUUCAGUGUCCUUUCUGCUGCUCAUCACCAUUCUGGUCACCAUCGUGCUCAAGUGUCAGAAACCCAAGCCCAGCAAAACAGCUGCUCCCUGCAGGAACAGUGUGAUCAGUGAGCGGAACUCCACCAUCGCUGACUCCACUCUGGUGUCCAACGACGCCUACUGGUACAGUCUGUUUCUGGCCGAGACCCGGAAAGGAAAGCUGGUGGUCAGACAGCCUAUGCCCAAGGGCUCCAGAUACAUCGUGUCCAGCAUCCCGAGAGGGACAGGACUGACUGACACUAGUGACUCAGCAGCAUCCACUCUGCAGGUAUGAAAAUAAUAAGUUUGAUUGACUUUCAUUUGACUUUUUAAAUUU